AUUCAUAAUUCUGGUUUAAACCCUCUAAACGACGUCGUAACAGGAUGACCAGCACAUGGAGUCGACUCCAGCUACUGCACGCGCCGCCGUCUUCGCUGCUCUUCCGUCGCCGCGAUUUUCCCAAAUUUGCGAAAUUCGUUCCUGCGAAAUUUUUGCUUCCGACGAUGUGCUUCUGUCAGCAAUUGCAGACGCAAACCUAUGAAAUUGUGAAAGGAAGCUAUGUUCCCGCUGGCGAUACCAAGCAAGCAACAAAAGUUGAGGAUAAAGUGGUGAAGGCUCUUGAAGCAGUUGGAGCAUUUCAAAAGCUUCCAAUGGUGAUGCCGUCGAUUGAUAUUUUGUAUUCGGCAUUGAAGAAGGCAAGGAGAGUGUCACCUACAAAGGGCAUUGCCAAUAUUGCAAAACGUGAAAGAAAUAAAGGUGCGAAGCAACUUGAUGCGUUGAUGAAGGAGAUAGCUGUUCCGUUGAGAAAGUACACGGAGAACUUCCCCGGAAAAAUAAGUUUGCACCCAUAUGAAAGAUCUCUAGUUGAGUUGACUCUUGGAGAUGGGAACUAUGAAGAGGUGUUGAGAAAGGUUGAUUAUUUACGGAAGCGAGUGGUGGCAGUUGGAAAAGAGCAUGCCUCUCUCUGUGCCAAGUCAGUCACAAAGCGUGAAGCUGAGGAACGACUGAGUGAGGGAAUAAAAAAAAUAGAAGAAAUUUUCAGUCAUGAAGGAAAAGCUGUAGAUGAAUUAUUAAACAUUGCCAAGACAUUGCGGGCAAUGCCAGUCGUAGAUCUGGAAACACCCACUUUGUGCCUUGUUGGGGCGCCAAACGUAGGAAAAUCAUCUUUGGUUCGUCUACUAUCUACUGGAAAGCCUGAGAUAUGCAAUUAUCCAUUCACUACGAGAGGAAUUUUGAUGGGUCAUAUUAACUUGAGCUAUCAGAAUUUUCAGGUUACAGAUACCCCAGGUCUACUACGGAGACAUGAUGAGGAUAGAAAUAAUUUGGAAAAGUUGACACUUGCCGUUCUUUCUCAUCUGCCCACUGCUGUACUCUUUGUUCAUGAUCUCUCUGGAGAAUGUGGGACCUCACCUUCCGAUCAGUUUACCAUCUACAAUGAAAUCAAAGAGAGGUUCGCAAACCAUCUUUGGCUUGAUGUCGUGUCUAAAUCUGAUCUGCUAACUGAUUCUCCGGUAGUAUUCAUCACUGAAGAUAGUAACACCGAUAGUUUGGAUCUAGCAAAGUAUCGGAGAAUGGGACCUGAUGGAUCACUACAUGUAUCUGUUAAGACUGAAGUAGGCAUCAGCGAGUUGAAGGCUCGAGUGCAUGAGCUACUAGUGACCCAGUCGGAGAGGAUAAAAAGCUGCGAAAGCAGUGAAGAAGGACAUGAAGUUGUAACAUAAUGCAUUCUGCUAUUUACAGAAUACAUUGAACUACUGAGCCGGAGGCUGCCUGUAUACGAGAUCAGGACUGGCCGGAAACUGUAAGAAAACGAGAGGACUGCUCAUCCGACCCGGCUAGUCAGCCCAACCUCCUUUGAAGGAUCAUCGAGUGGAGUCUUGCACGACGCAAAGUUCGCUCCUCAUUUUACAUGAUUGAAAUUCAUAAUUUUGAUUUUAUUUGUAUUGUAACAUAGUACUACUUCAUAUGUACUAGUACUAUAGUAUUUUAUUUAUGUACAUGGAUGUAAGUGUAACUACAUCGCUUC